AUGCAUCAGGAGUUCUGGACUUCCGGUUGGAUCGCACGGCAUUGUGGGUAGGCGGGCUCAGAAAAGUGGGCAUCAACUUGCAGCUUCGCCAUAUUGGAUUACACGUGCAGGAAUAUAGAAAAUACAGUUGAACUGAGAUAAGUGGGCAUCAAAUCCUUGUUUGGUCGCCAUCUCUGCUUGUUUAAAGUUGUUUCGCUUGAUUUAUUACCCUUUGUAUUCAUAAUCGAAUCGAAACGAGACUCACUUACAGAAACUCCAGUGACAAGGCCAAAACAGGUAAGGAGUCGUAUUUCUGUUCCGUUUUGUUUUUAUCUUCUAACGAUUUUAGGCUGCAGAGUGUAGUCGAUUUGAGAUGGUACGAGGAUGAUUUUUGCUUAUUUUAUACUCAGACUUAUGUCGUAUUUCUUUUGUUUUAAUGUAGAUUAACUUUGUCCAUGGGAUUCGGCCACAGAAACUGUGUGGUCCUAGGCUGUCCCAACAGUGGACAGAGGCUUGGGAAGUGGGCGGCGAAGACCUGUGAGCAUCAUGGUUGUAAAAAUGGAGCAAGCAUGUGUGACUGCGAGCCACCCUUUAAAUUAUUCCCGUUCCCGACAGAAAAGAAGAACCCGGAACGCCGAUUACAAUGGGCAAAAAAUAUAAGCAGGAACAGUUUGAAUGGGGCUCUUUGGAUGCCUAACAAGGAUUCAUGA